GGUCGGCGGAAGAUGGCGGCGCCCAUGGAGCUGUACUGCUGGGCCGGGGGAUGGGGGCUGCCCUCGGUGGACCCCGACUGCCUGGCUGUGCUGACCUACGCGCGGUUCACGGGGGCGCCGCUGAAGGUGCACCGGGUCACCAGCCCCUGGAGGAGCCCCUCCGGGCACCUGCCCGCCCUGAGAACACGGGACGAAGGAACCAUCUCCAAACCUCAGCAGAUUAUAACACACCUCAGGAAACAGAAGUACAACGCUGACUAUGACCUGUCAGCCACGCAGAGCGCAGACACGCUGGCCUUCGUGUCCCUGCUGGAGGAGAAGCUGCUGCCAGUACUGAUCCACACCUUCUGGGUGGACGCAAAGAACUACGUGGAGCACACACGGAAGUGGUACGCAGAAACCAUCCCCUUCCCCCUCAACUUCUUCCUGCCCAACGCCAUGCACAAGCGGCACCUGGAGCGGCUGCAGCUCUUGUGGGGGGAUGACUACAUGGAGGAUGAGGAGAAGCUGGAGAAGGAGCUCUACCGGGAAGCUCGGGAAUGCCUGACACUCCUCUCCCAGCGCCUCGGCUCCCAGAAGUUUUUCUUUGGAGACUCGCCAGCCUCCCUGGACGCUUUAGUCUUCAGCCGCCUGGCGCCUCUCAUGAAGGCGAAGCUGCCCAACGGGAAACUGCAGCAGCACCUGAAGUCCCUGCAGAACCUGUGCAACUACUGCACCUCUAUCCUCAGCCUUUACUUUCCCUGGGACGGAGGUGAUCCCCUCACCGGUGCCCCUCGGGCUGCGGGCACAGAUGGCACUGAAGCAGAGGAGGACCCCCACAAACGGCGCAAGCAGCUGCUGUCAGUGCUGGUGGGGCUGGCGGCCAUGCUGGGCUACGCCUUCCUGAGCGGCAUCGUCUCCAUCCAGCGCGGCAGCAUGGAGCCGGCCGGCCGGCAGCCCGUCGCCCUGGAGGAGGAGGAAGAGGAGGAGGAGGAGUGAGGAUGAGCUGUGUGACUGUUCCUCCCCAGCCCCUGGAACUGACUGGUUUUUACGCCGGGAGCCUGGCAGUGUCGCUGCCCGCGGGCGCUCUGCUCUGUCCCACAGGAACCACAGCCCUCUCCGUGGGAGCGUCCCUGCCACGCCAAUAAACCUCCCUCUCUCUGUCUGCGCCCUCUCAUACUCCCAGCACCCUCGAGGCCCUUCCCAGUUUCCCCAGUUGCCCAGGCUGGAGUUGUGCAGCAGGCACCAGUGUGUCCUGCCUGUAUCUCUGUCCCUCGCUCCAGCCUUGGGUCUUGCUGAGGACCAGGCAGAGGAGGGACCUAAAAAGCAUCUGUGGCAUCUC